AUGGGCUGCCAUCUUUCCGAUCAAGCUCCUCGACAAGCUACUAUCAUAUUGAGAGAACAAGCAUCCAGCGAGCGCACUGAUGGAUGCGACGACAUAGUGGUCAAGCCGCCAUUACGCAACCUGGGGAAGAGCUUGCCCACCGACUGGCCCGACGCUACCCUUCUUCGCCUCUUUGUCAGGGCCGAGGAACCUUCGGUUCCACUCCGCGACCGACUACUGCAGCAGUACAUUAUCGCUAUGGGUGAUAAUCUAGCCAUACACGCCCGCCGUCUCACUCACGCCAUUGAGCCGAGUAAAGAGAAACAGAAGCGGGGGUAUGGAGGUUAUUUGAAAGCGGUCGAUCAAGUCGAGAUCUACUUUCCCCACUUCAUCGAGGUUCUCGCAGCGAUGAUCAAGCAACAGCGAAGCGCGAUCGAGAAAUUAGUGGGAGAUGGGAACCUGAUACUGCGAGAGUAUGAUGAGGAAGUGUUGGAAGGGCUAGGUUUGAUGGAUCCAGAAUCGGACUUAUCAUACCCGGAUUCGGACUUAUCAGACACGGAUUGGUAG